UCAUGCGGAAGACCAACACAGCCACGCUAACUACACGGCGGGUCUCGCAGCGCUCCUCUCUGGCGGAUGUAGAGCCGCGGCGUCGUUUUCAGCUCCGAUGUAACUGCAAAUUCUACCUCUUUCCACAAACUCUGCAGCUUUAAUGUCUUUAACAGCUCAAAGUUAACCGACGCGUUACGUUUAAAUGUGGAAGAGAGCUCGCGACGCGGCUCACGUCCAACUGACAAUCGGCUCAACAUCGCUGCACGUGCUUCGCUUCUCCGUGGACUGAGGAAGACUACAGAUUAUAGUCGACUCUUAUCCCUCCUUUUCCGCCAUCUCGACGGGUUUUCUACCUCUUCGUCAGCAAAAAGUGCCCGUGUUCAGAUGGAGAAGCAGCCCUUGUCUGAUGAUGAUGGCAGGACAGGAGCCCCACAGCUGGAGGUCAGCGUUGUCGCUAGUGAGGAGAGCGCGCAGCAGGAUACAUCUGAGCCCCCUGCCAGAGACGGGUGGAACAGUAAAGUGGAGUAUUUCUUGGCCCAGGUGGGAUUCAGUGUCGGUCUUGGCAAUGUCUGGAGGUUUCCAUAUUUGUGCCACCAGAAUGGAGGAGGAGCUUUUCUCCUUCUGUACGUGCUGCUCAUGCUUGUUGUUGGAAUCCCUCUAUUCUUCUUGGAGCUGGCUGCCGGCCAGGCCAUCCGACAGGGCAGCAUUGGAGUGUGGAAGAGCAUCUCCCCAAAGCUUGCAGGGAUCGGCUACUCCAGCUGUGUGGUGUGCUUCUUUGUGGCCCUUUACUACAACGUGAUCCUCGCCUGGAGUCUUUUCUACCUUGGGAACUCAUUUCAGUACCCUUUACCUUGGGAACAGUGUCCAGCGCAGGGGAACAGGACAGUAAAGGAAUGUGAAGACAGUUCCCCCACCACAUAUUUCUGGUACCGCACGGCCCUGAACAUCACAGACUCGAUAGAUGACACAGGCAGUUUUAACCCUUACAUCACCUGUUGUCUGCUGGCGGCCUGGACCAUCGUGUGCCUGGGAAUGUUCAAGGGAAUCAAAACAUCUGUCAAGGUGAUGUAUUUCUCCUCCAUCUUCCCCUACGUGGUGCUGCUGUGCUUCCUCAUCCGAGGACUCCUGCUAGACGGGGCCUUUGAGGGCAUCACCCACAUGUUCUACCCCAAGCUGGAAAUCUGGGGGGACAUGCAGGUGUGGCGGCAAGCAGCCACGCAGGUCUUCUUUGCCCUGGGCCUUGGCUUCGGAUCCAUUAUUGCCUACUCUUCCUACAAUCCCAAGAACAACAACUGCCAUCGUGAUGCCUUCACUGUCUCCUUCAUCAACUUCCUCACCUCUGUGCUGGCCACCCUGGUGGUGUUUGCUGUGCUGGGCUUCCGCGCCAAAGGAAAGGUCAUGGAGUGUGUGGUCAGUAAUGCAAAACAGCUGUCAGAGCUGUUUUUCAGUGGAGAGGACAGGAACCUGAUGCCCCGUUUCAACUUCUCUGAUCCCACUUCUUUGGCCCUUGAGGACUACAGGGCCUGGUUUAAAGACUACAGUGAUAAGGUGUCAGGCACCUUUACUGACUGUAACAUAGAAAAAGAGAUGCAGAAGGGUGUGGAGGGGACGGGCCUGGCCUUCAUCGCCUUCACGGAGGCCAUGUCGCAGCUGCCUGGCAGCCCCUUCUGGUCGGCACUCUUCUUCCUCAUGCUGCUCAACUUGGGCCUCAGCACCAUGUUUGGCACUAUGGAGGGCAUCCUUGCCCCCUUGACAGACACCUUCAAAACUCUGGCCAGGAACAAGACCAAGCUCACAGUGUUCAGCUGUGUUAUUGGUUUCCUGAUUGGCCUGCUGUUCACCCAGCGCUGCGGGAACUACUUUGUGACAAUGUUUGAUGACUACUCUGCCACUCUGCCCCUCAUCAUUGUCGUGGUUUUUGAGACGUUCAGUGUGUCUUGGCUUUAUGGAGCUGAUAGGUUCCUCGACGACAUUGAGGCGAUGCUGGGCUGGCGCCCCACUGUGGUUUACAAAUACCUUUGGAAAUACGUAUGCCUGCUUGCUAUGCUGGGACUACUGUUAGCCAGCAUGAUCCGCAUGUUCAUCAACCCACCCAGAUAUAUGGCCUGGGACCCAAAAACGGCCUCUGAGGUGUCCCUGCAGUACCCUGGCUGGGCCUUGGCUGUGUUGUCUUUACUGAUCAUAUUUGCCAUGCUGCCUGUCCCGCUGGUGUUCAUCCACUCCAUCCUGAAGGACAGGGCGAAGCCAGAGUCCAGAGACGCAGAGAUUGGUCAGUACAGCCCCGUCAGCACUGAUGACAAGUGUGAAACCCCCAUGACUGACAUGUCAGAGCUGGACCGGAGGAAUGGGACCACCGCUCCUGUUUCCUCUUAGGCUGCUGGACUCUUAAUGUGCAUGAGGCCAGGAAUGGUUCACAACAAGAAGUCAAAAGUCUGUCAGUCAAGGGACACAGGAUUAUUUCACACUUUUUUUUGAAGAAAUGGUACAGAGAGACUGCUGCUUGUGCUAAACAUUCUAACAGAAAAAAAUGAUUUCAGAGAACACGGCAGGCAGAUCUCAUUCCAAACCCACUUCCAGCAGAAAUACCGGCGCCCAAAAAAAAAGCAGUGGCUUCUCUCCAAGGAAAAAAGUCAUUAUUUAAAUGGCACAAUACUAUAUCCCCAAAACAAUGUGAAUCUUCAGUAACACCUUGUGACUUUGUUGCUAAUCUGGCUCAACAGUUUGACCAACCUAUGGGAGACUGAAUUAACCGUUGCUGCCCCCAGUAAUGUGGUCACUCAGUCCUCGUGAUCUGCCCAGCAGGGCAAAGGUUAUAACAUGCCUCCUCUUUCAGUUUGCUACGAGUAAUGCUAGUGCUCUUCCUCUAGGGGUCAUGGAUGUCCACAGCAAAUUUUCAAAGAUUCAAAUGAAAGAAUAUCACAUUCACAGCUUGAAACAGUGGCAGCAGCAGUCUGAGCAAAUCCAUAAUAUGCCCGACCUGUUGUUUUGGAGAUAAUAAUUGUCCAGUGGUCUUUUUAAAAUAUUGUUUUCAGAAUUAAUCACAAUUUUUGCACUAAUGUUGAGGAACUAUUGAUUUACACACUGAAUUUUUAGCUGCCAGCCAAACAAAACUUUCCUUUGUUUCAUUAUAGGUUAUAUAAAUUACUUCUUAUUCCUGCCAUUUCCUAACUUCAGCUUAUUUUAUAUAAGCGUAAUUGUGUUUUGUGUAAUGUGAAUCAUUUUUUGUUUUUAUUUCACCUGUCUAAUUAAGCUGUCUUACACAAAAGACCUUUUGGAUCAUUUCAUGAAUCCAGUUAUUGCUACUUAGGUCAUCAAUUCCCAACAAAAUGAACAUUUUAAAAUUUUAACUUUUCUCAUUUCUGUUGGGCAAACAUUUCAUGUCAUUGCCAUGAACAGUUGUUUAUUGUAUGUGUUCAUGGUGUUAUGUUUUAAAUAGACCAAAUGUGACUCAAAAGACAGAAUGAGCCUACAAAGACCUCGAACAGUCAACAAUGAAUCAGAGCAAAGUUUUGAAAUAAAGGCAGGAGAGAACAGAAACAAACACAAGCAUUACAGGUCUACCUGUCCUACAUGCAUCACAUCCUACUAUCCUACACCAGCUUACCAGGCACUGCCAGCCUUACAGCCAAUACAGCUAUAACGAAAAACUCUCAAGAAAACCUUAUUAGGAAAAAAAUGGAAUAUGUCACCUUCUGUGUGUUCAGUUUUUGUUUCCUGGGUAUGAUUUCACACAAAUUCUGGAGCCUGCUCUUUUGUCAUUUGUGAAACAACCAGCAUCCUUACACCAUUUUAAUGUCGUUCCAGCAUUAUGAAAUUAUGAUAUGUUUCACCUCUUCUGUGAAUAUAUUAGUGUCUGUGCCACAGUGUUGUUACCACUAACAGAUUCAGAGGGUCAGCAGAGCCAUCAAGCUUUUACUACAAUCCACAUAUACCUGUAUUGUGUAGCAUAUUGUGCAUGAAAAAUAUCCAUAUCCAUCUAUACACAUGAAUGUCAAAGUGCUCUCUUCAAGCCAUAUAAUCUAAUUGCUGAUGCAUUUGUUCUUGAUUUGGUUUUACUAUGAUUGUGUAAUGGUAUUUUCUGUAUGUUUUUUGUUUUUUUGACAGGAAGUUGUGUCUGAAAACACAACUUCCUGUCAUCCUGCCAUGCUCGAUAUUUUGAUGUUGGAGGAAAAAAUAAGUGUAUUGAAAAGUCUGCUGAUCAAUACUGCAGUGUCAUGGAGGUAUACAGGCACGAGGGCUGUCAGCAGCCUGAUCUUUGUUGAACUGAUCGAUCAAGUGACGACACAGUUCAGGUACUACAGAGGGACUGAGACAUGACAGUUUUCAGAUUUCAUGUAAUGUAAAUAUGUAUAUAGUUUAUGUAAAAAAAAAAUCCCUCAAGCACAAAUGUAAAUGGGACUGAAUUCAUUUUGGAUUUUCUGUCAUCACCUGUUUAUUGGAAAUGCUCAUAAGA